CCGCCCGGACCUCCUCCUGCGACCUCCCGGAGGAGGAGAUUCGCCAUACCUCGCUCAACUGAUGGGGUUGGAUGCCGAUAAGCUGUCCAUGGUGGUUGUGGUCGAGCCCUUCAGUCGCAUGGCCCCACCUAAGGAGCAGUUUGCAAAGUUCACCGCUUUUCUUUCGGAGCCCCCGCUUCCCGGACAGGACCUGACCCUGGAGAUGUGGGCACUCCUACAGCCUACCGCGGAGCGCCCCCUCCCCUUUCUUGAUAAGGGAAGAAGGUUGCCUCUUCUCCGGAUGGAGGGGCAAAUAGCGGGGUGCUCGAUGAGCGUGUCACAUUGGGUGACAUCUCGUCCCCACCGUACAUCGCGGAGGAUGAGGAGGUUCGCGGAGGAUGAGGAGGCUGAUCCAGGGGCUCGUGGGAGCCCGGAAGAACCUACGGUCACCAAGGAGGUCGCCAAGCGGGCAUCUCCUAAAGGCGGCCCUUCGGAGACCGAGCUGGCAUACCCCGUGAUCCACUGACCUCGUGGCGCUCCGGUUUCUCCGA